UUGUGUUUCUCCAAGUAGCUGAAAGAGGAGGAAACUAAGAAAAUAUAGCCCAGAUAGAAGAGAGUGGGCUUUUUAUUCCCUUAAUUUGCCCCUUUGGUCACGCGUUGUAUUCCUCCCUCAUCCGCUUCUCCAACCAGCUCUGUGCUUCCUUCUUCUACCGUCUCCAUUUCCGUUUGCAACAUUCAGAACUAAUUUCAGUUUCCGUCACUGAUCAAUGCUGCAUAAUCUCUGUUUCCAGGUUCCAACCUCGAUCUUGUCACUCCACGAUUUCAUGUGAUUCUGUAAUGCCGCGAUUUCUAGCCAAAAGCGUGAUCGUGAGCUAAAUCCGCCAACAGAACCGGGAAAUGGUCACACACACCCUUUUACAUCCUUUCCCAUUUUGUGCAUCCAGAUCAAUCUAUCAUCAGUAUGUGUAAUUGUUCUAUCUUGGCAAGCCUUUCUCUCAGUUAAUUUUAGUCUAUGGUUGUGUGAUCAGCUUUUACAAGAUGACAACCUAGGAUUUUUGUGUGUAUUUUUCCAUACGCUUGAUUUUUAACCGAGACAAAUCAAGCAUCGAAGUUCAUGGAAGAAUGGUCAACAUUCUCAAAUGGGUCUUCCUUAGAUUGCAUUGGAGGAGUUGAACUUGAAACUGUUGGUGCAUUUCCUGGAAAUGGCUGUGGCCUUGGAAAGCACCAUGUUGAUAAUGGUGCUGACAAUGGCAAACUUAAACAGAAGUACUUGUUCUACCAACUGUUUCCUGCUUACCUGAAGGAUAGUUGUUCCAAAGGUGGUGUUCGGCCUUUGCCAGUUUUAGUCGACGGUCAAUGGCUGGAUUUGUACAAACUGUUCUUCCUGGUAAAGGAAAGAGGUGGGUACGCCCGAGUGUCGAAGAAAAGAUUGUGGGGUUCUGUGACCAAGGAAUUGGGCUUGAACCUUGUGGUUUGCUGGUCUGUAAAAUUAGUCUAUGACAAGUAUCUGAAUGAUUUCGAUAGGUGGCUCAAGAAAACUUUUGAAGAGAAGAAUUUAAAAAGCGGGAACCAUGGGUGUGAUUGGGGUUUAAAGUGGUUGCCAUUCGAUAUUGAGAAAGAGUUUAGAGCCCUGUUAUGUCCAAAUCUAAAGGACAAAGAUGAUCACAAACUUGUCAAGUCAAAAUCAAUUAAUAAAAAGAAAAACACUGAUUUGGUUAACCACAAGAAUGGUAAUAAUCUGUUGGACACCAAAGAUCAAAAUAAUAAAUCCGAGGAUGUUCAACGCAUUGAAGGUGAUAAUGAUGAAAAAUCAACUAAUGGUGUUAAGGACAAUCCUGCUACCUUGGGUGCAGAAGGUGCCAAGAAAGAAUUUAACCCACACAAACGCAAGCGGGAUGCAUUGUCUGGCAUGCUAAACUGGAUGAAGCAUGUUGCAAAGCAUGCUCUUGAUCCUUUAACUCAACCAAUACCUAAACCAUCAAAGUGGAAGGAAUAUAAAGGCCAGGACUUUUUUGGUCAAUUUCUGAGGGCAAGAGAGGUUCUGUCACCGAGACAGCAUGAAGAACCAAGCAGUGAAUUGUCUUCUUUGCAGAAACAGAAGAUGCACCCUGCCAUGUAUGAGGAUCAUGUUGCUCUUGGUUGCCAUGCUACAAGAAAAUUGAGAUGCAGUGAAAGGUUGCCGUCCUUUGUUAAAUCUCGGUCGUGCUCGUGCUGCAAUCCAUGUUCCCCCAACGGAAAUAGAUUGACAGGCUCACACAUUAUGGAGGCAGAAAAAUGUCCUCUGGAGAAAACAACUGAAACACCAGAUGUAUCAACCACAAUAACAAUAGCUAAGCCAUCUGGGGAUGAGUCUCUCGAAAAGCAAGUUUCUGUAGGUCCUCGUUUUCAAGCAGAAGUCCCAGAAUGGACUGGUGUAUUUUCUGAGAGUGACUCUAAAUGGUUGGGCACACAUGUAUGGUCUUUGAAAAAUGACACUGAACCUGCUACAGCAACAGAUGUUGGGAGAGGAAGACAAGAGAUGUGUAGCUGUGAAUUUCAUGGUUCUGUUGAAUGUGUUAGAUUGCAUAUUGCUGAAAAUAGGAUGAAAUUGAAGCUUGAAUUGGGUUCUGAAUUUUACCGUUUGGGAUUUGAUCGUAUUGGUGAGGAAGUUUCACUUCAAUGGACAACUGAAGAAGAACAGAGAUUUAAGGAUAUCAUGAAAUCAAAUAUUUCCUCCAAAAAUAAAUAUUUUUGGAACAAUCCAUCCAAAUACUUUCCAAAGAAGACAAGAAGAAACUUGGUGAACUAUUACUUCAAUGUAUUUCUUAUUCAACUAAGAACCUAUCAGAAUCGGGUGACUCCAGAGAGCGUUGAUAGUGAUGAUGAUGAAGUAGAAUUUGGAUCUUUCAGCGAUGGUUUUGGGAUGGACGCUGUCAAGAGUCUUGGUGAUGAUUUCCUGGAGUGUUCUCUGAACAAGCAGUGUACUGAUCUCAAAUACACAAAAUUAGAGUGCAAAUUUGAUAAUUGGAUCUGAGCCACUUUGAGCUUGAGAAAAUAUUUUCCUGAGGCAAACUUGUAUAAAACUCCCUUCCUCCAUGAUCAGUGGUGAAUGCAUUACUAGUACCAGAAAACUUUUGUAUGAUAUGAGGUUAGUGUUGGAACUUGGAAGCAAAUAUGGACAUGUACUCGAGUCUUGUCUAUAGCCAUAAUGAAGAACUUGCCGAGGCUGCUAUUAAUUUUGUUGGAGAUGGUUGUAUCUGUUGGUUGAAAUAGCAGUUUAACAUGAUGCUUCUUGGAGGCUGCACUAUUCGUGCUGUAAAACUAGUUGUUUAGUCUGAGCUAAUGCUUUCAAUUUUAUGUUUCUAGUCAUUAUUUUGUAAAUUAAAUUUAUAAAUUUUAUUCGUGACAUGUUUUGACUUUCAAAUCGAAAAACUUUUUCUUUGAAGUA